AGGAGUGGAAAUGAAGGACCUGGAGAGGCUUUUUGAAGCGUACGGGAUCAAGCUGGAGCUGCUGAGGGACCUCUCGGACGCCAUCCUGAGGGACGGGCUCCUGCGGCUCCGGGAUGGCUCCAGGACCAGCCAAACUUCCAUGGAAAACCAGGCGGCCGUGCCCGUCACCGAUCCGCCGGGGUCCGACACUUCCCGCGGUGUCCCGGCCGGCACCGAGGGGACGGGAGAGGGACAGAGCCUGGAGCUGGAGGCUCCGGAGGUGCCGCUGUCUGGAGGAUUCCCUGAGAGUUUGGCUGUGCCCCCGCCACAUCCAGGAGAUCUGCAGGAAAACCAUUCCCCGGAUCUCCUGGAAGGACAAGCCCAGCAGGACACCAGCCAGGUACGUUUUCCCAAGGAUUUCAGACCAGGGAUGGACUGGGAUGCAAAUCCUAAUCCUGGGAUUGUCUUCUCCAUAUCCCUGGAGAACACCAGAGCUCCUGGGACGGGCAGGAGGCUGAUGGCAGCGACAGGAAUCCCUGGGGAAAUGUUUUGUUGGUUAAUUCCACAAUUUCGGGGGCCAAACCGGGAUAAUCCCGGAGAACCAGGAAUCGGGUUCAGAGGUCCCAUUGGCCAGGCUGGCCCACCUGGAUUUAAGGGUGAGCCAGGCGCCCCGGGACCUCCAGGAGCUCAGGGCAUCCAAGGAAUUCGCGGCAACGCCGGCAUUCCCGGAUCCCGGGGGGACAGAGGGGCUCCGGGCGUGCCCGGAAUUCCGGGACAGAAGGGAGAAGUUGGCGUUGGAGCAGCUGGUCCAAGAGGUCCCCAUGGAUUCCCUGGCCCUCGGGGUGACGAGGGCAUCGUGGGAAUGCGGGGUCCCCCUGGAAUGAUGGGUGAAUCCGUGACGAGUUUUGGACCCCAGGGCUACAAAGGCACCAAAGGAGAUCCCGGUGAGCAGGGACCGCCAGGUUUUGAUGGAGACAAAGGCGAGAAGGGAGAGGACGGACCCGUAGGAGAAAAGGGAAUCAAAGGAGAAGCUGGAUCCAAGGGAAUGAUGGGACUUUUCGGGAGCAGAGGACCCGUGGGACGGAAGGGGGAGCCAGGAGAACCGAGCUCGCCGGGAUCUCCCGGCGCAGCAGGACAGGAUGGGAAGAACGGGAUCAAGGGAGCCAAAGGUGACAGAGGCCUCCAGGGGCAGAAGGGGAAACCGGGAGGGAAAGGUGACCCCGGGACCACUGGUGACACCGGGCAGAAAGGGACAAAGGGCUCGCGAGGCCUUCCAGGCCGGAUCGGCGCUCCCGGAGCCAAAGGUGCCACGGGAGAAGUUGGCAGUCCUGGAAAACCAGGAAUUCCAGGAUCGAAUGGACAGCGUGGACCAAAGGGCGAGCCAGGAGCCUCGGGGAACGACGGCGCCUCGGGAAUUCCUGGGGAGAAAGGAGAAAAGGGAGCCAAGGGAGUUCCUGGAGUGGCAGGAUUCAAGGGACAAGCGGGAUGGCCUGGGAAGCCUGGAGGGGCCGGAGCAGCUGGACCUCGAGGGCCACAGGGUGAGCCAGGCCCACAGGGUCCACCAGGGAGAAGAGGGAGAUCCCAGCUCUGCCUCCAGGGACCGCCGGGCAUGGACGGGCCGAAAGGAGAAGCGGGGGAAAAUGGUCCUGCCGGGCAGAAAGGAGCCAAGGGCGAUCCGGGCCUUUCCCGUGUGGAUUGA